ACUUUUUGUUCUAGGACCUCCGUGAUUAUCAACAAAAGAUGCCAAUCAGACAGCCUUAGCCAAAUCCCUGAAAGCCCAGUUCAAAAAGAAAAGAAAGAAAAAUCAGGUUUAAGACACAAGAAAAAGGAACGCAGCAAACCACAGCGCAGGAAAACUGGGCGCACACAGGCACGUAGGCUCCCCUGCAUGGAAACAGCAGGUUGUAACCGACUACCCGGAGAACGCGGAGCACCCCAGACAGGAACUUUAAAAGGAUUGAAAUCUGUUGCCUGUUCCACUAGGAAUAUUGUUUGCAAGGCACAAGGUGUCUUUUGGUAGUGAGUACCCUCUGCGCAUGCGCAGGUCCAUUCGGGAAUUACUGCCCAGCCGCCGACUAAGUUGCAUUCCUUGAAUCUUCGCAGAAAAGACAAUUCUUUCAUCAGAGUUAGUAAUGUGGACAGUACAAAAUCGAGAGAGUUUGGGGCUUCUUUCUUUUCCUGUGAUGGUUGCCAUGGUUUGUUGUGCACACAGCUCCAAUGAACCCAGCAACAUGUCAUACGUGAAAGAGACAGUGGACCGACUGCUGAAAGGAUAUGACAUUCGCUUGCGGCCGGACUUCGGAGGGCCCCCGGUGGACGUCGGGAUGCGGAUCGAUGUCGCCAGCAUAGACAUGGUCUCGGAAGUGAACAUGGAUUAUACACUCACCAUGUAUUUCCAGCAGUCUUGGAAAGACAAGAGGCUUUCAUAUUCUGGCAUCCCACUAAAUCUGACCCUCGACAACAGGGUAGCUGACCAACUCUGGGUACCAGACACCUACUUUCUCAAUGACAAGAAAUCAUUUGUGCAUGGGGUCACAGUGAAAAACCGAAUGAUAAGGCUGCAUCCUGAUGGAACUGUCCUCUAUGGACUACGGAUCACAACCACCGCUGCAUGCAUGAUGGAUCUUCGAAGAUAUCCUCUGGAUGAGCAAAACUGCACCCUGGAGAUUGAAAGUUAUGGCUACACCACCGACGACAUCGAGUUUUACUGGAAUGGAGGAGAGGGAGCAGUAACCGGGGUCAAUAAAAUCGAGCUUCCUCAGUUUUCAAUUGUUGACUACAAGAUGGUGUCCAAGAAGGUGGAGUUUACAACAGGGGCAUAUCCACGACUAUCACUAAGUUUUCGUCUAAAAAGAAACAUCGGAUACUUCAUUUUGCAGACCUACAUGCCUUCCACACUGAUUACAAUUCUAUCCUGGGUGUCAUUUUGGAUCAACUAUGAUGCAUCUGCAGCCAGAGUCGCACUAGGAAUUACCACGGUGCUGACAAUGACAACCAUCAGCACUCACCUCAGGGAGACUCUGCCAAAGAUCCCCUACGUCAAAGCGAUUGACAUCUACCUGAUGGGCUGUUUCGUGUUCGUGUUCCUGGCUCUGCUGGAAUAUGCUUUUGUAAAUUACAUUUUCUUCGGGAAAGGCCCUCAGAAGAAGGGAGCAAGCAAACAAGACCAGAGUGCCAAUGAAAAGAAUAAACUGGAGAUGAACAAAGUCCAGGUCGACGCCCAUGGCAAUAUUCUCCUCAGCACCCUGGAAAUCAGGAAUGAGACCAGCGGCUCCGAGGUGCUCACGGGUGUGAGUGACCCCAAGGCCACCAUGUACUCGUAUGACAGUGCCAGCAUCCAGUACCGCAAGCCGCUGAGCAGCCGCGAGGGCUUCGGGCGCGGGCUGGACAGGCACGGGAUGCCCGGCAAGGGGCGCAUCCGCAGGCGCGCCUCGCAACUCAAAGUGAAGAUCCCUGACUUAACUGACGUGAACUCCAUAGACAAGUGGUCCCGAAUGUUUUUCCCCAUCACUUUUUCUCUUUUUAAUGUCGUUUAUUGGCUUUACUAUGUCCACUAAGGUCAGUCUCAUGGUUUCAUUUAGACUCUUUUCCUUGGCUUGUUUUCUAACCCCACAGGUUCCCAACAGCGAUCACUGCUGUGGUUUUUGAGGUAAGAGAUUCAGCCAUCCAAUUGGUUUUCGUGUCAGUUUUUAUUAUCACACCAUGUUUACUUCAACAACAACAAAAGGGUAUUUUUUUCCUGUCUACUGUGGUCCAGGUUAUUAGCUCUGUAAGAGUUCCGUCGAUUGCUUUGUUUACAAACACAAGAAAGAGAGGUAGAUGGGUGGUAGCUAUUGUUGGCAGCCUUUCCUAGUUGCCCUGGAUCUUGCCGAAUAAUUUGAAAACGAAAAUGUACAAUGGACCUUGCUGUCCACCUGCACUGUGUUCUGAGUAAACUGUAAUCAUCUCAUUCUGCCAAAAACAAAACAAAAAAAAAUGUUUUUAAUGACAAGAAAAAGAAAAAAAAAACUAACUUCAGCAUCUCAGAAGAAUAAAGCCAUUGAUAAGCUGCAGGUUUCCAGGAAGUGGGGAUAUAAUGCUGACAGUUUCCCUUCCCUCUGAGUCCCUUCCUGAAGGCUUCUCAGCUCUGUAGAAGAGGGACAUCAAAGCUAAUGUCAGUCACCUUUUCUCCCAAACUCACCCUCCAUCGAACAAUGACCAUGGAGAUCCUUACCAAUGCUUCUUUCUCAAACUGCCCAGAUGUUCAAAGUUAGUAUUAGAAUCCAGCCUGAUCUAACCGGUAGUCACUGAGAACAUUUUUCUUUUCUUCUCAAGAAUAAAGAGUUUGGGGGACAAUCAAUAUUUUUCUGGCUGGCCGUUAUGGAAAGCAGCUAUGACUCUCCUUCAUGAGCCUUAGAAUCUCCUAAUGCCAUGAAACCAUGUGAUCAUAUUUCCACAGUUCCUGCUCCAGAAAAAGGAGAGAGAGGAUAUAUGAGGUCCAGCCAGUGGGGGAUUUGAAGGAGGUAGAGACAAUUUUUUUUUUCUCAAGGAAAAUUUAUUUCUAUGAGAAAGGCAAGACUUACAUGUUAUGAGAAGGGUACCUGAGCAGUUACCUGAACUGCCAAGUCUUAAGUCAAAUUGUAUGUAUUGCUUAGCCUUCCAGACAGCAGCAUCUAAUGGUGACAAGCUCAUCACACAGGACUCGACUGGAACUUUUUGAUUCUGUUCACUGAGCUCUGCAUUUCAAACUACAAAAUGGAUGGCCCAGGAAAUGCUCAUCCACCACGUCAGUGUCUUCCUCCAAAGCCAGAUUUCCAGCUAAAAACAAAAAAAAAAAAAAACAAAAAGAAAAAGAAAAAAGAAACUUUAUUAAAGCAAAAUCGCAGAAAGAGAAGAAACUCAUAAUGACAAAAUACCGAGCCUUUAACCAUGCACACCAGCCCCUGAAGAGUGGACCCUGCCUGUCUACACUCAUUAAUCACUGUCAUUAUUGCACAGCCUCUCCUGUGCUCAUGGAUGACUCUGGGUCGUGGUUCUCGUGACUUUCAGUAAAGCAACACAAUUCUAAAGAUGCUCAACAAGCUACUGUUAAGUUCUUCCCAUUUUAUGUCAUUAAAACCUCAUUUUCUUUCGGAAUGAGCUUGUCAAAUUAUAUAUGUUUAUUUGCAAGGUUGAGUGAGACCACAAAUUGACUAACCACGAACGGAGGCCACUUUGGUACACGACCCAUGCACGGGACGAGGAAAUGAAGGAGUAGACAUCAGGAUGACUGCCUCAUUUGAUAGUCUGGCUCUCCUCUCAGAAGAGAAUCAAUGUGCAGAGUAGUGGGAGCUGCUACAAUUAUCGUCACAAUGGGAAAGGGAAAGCUGAAAUUCCUAUGAAUGAGCCCAAGGGCAGAAUACGGAAAAAAUACAGUUAGAAAGCAAGAGGAAAAGAGAAACCUUAAAUGAGUGAGUGGGGCUGGAUGUAAUAACAGACACUAUUAAAAAUAUAAAAGUCCCACUACACAUUUAAAAAACAAAAACUGAUCACAGCAAUUUCUUGAGGAGUGCUGGGAUUUUGAGGACAAAUUCUCACUUAGGUUUUCAGGAAGUAUAAACACGCUUCCCAGGCUGAGCAAUCUUCAAACUGUGGUCACAGGGUCAUCCAUGCAUGUAAAGCUCUGCUCAGUUCUCAGCAGGCUGAGAUGCCUUGCCAUGAAUAAUGCCAGGACAGAGUAGAACAUGGUCCUGUCUGUAAUGGGACCUUCCUGUUGCCUAUGAAGACUCAGGAACCACUUUGCAGUCAUUUAGUUUAAACAUUAGGAAGGGAAAUUACGUGCCUGAUGCUGAACAGAAAUUAAUCAUUCUGAUGUCAAAGCUGUUUAAAAGACUUUUAAGACAGGAAUACUGAAUCUAGAGAAGUAUCUACUUAAAUCUUCUCAUAAAAGAUUGUGAUAAUUUGUUUUUUCGUACUACAUUUUCCUUUUUAAAAUCUAAAGUGAUUUUGUUAUAGUUUUAGAUUUAAAGCAUCUUUAAAAAAAAAACAUUUUGAACUCCUACAUUUUAACCUUCUAAAAUGUAAACGUGAUUAGGCCCGCACUGCCCACUAGGCAUGAAUGGUAUGGGGAUCACAGCCAUGAUUAUGCAAAUCCAAUCAAAUGGCUUUGAUCUCAGAGGCAAGGGAAGCCCACAGCAUUGAAAAGCUGUCCUGCUUAUGGGUCACGAUCUUUGUCCUAACUUCUGAACACAUCCCGGACUAAUCCUUUCCUCUCUGCUCCCUUCACAAGCCAAACACUGACAGGGAAGCACCUUCCUUCUCUGGCUUUCUCCCUCUUCUUGCCCUAAAUGUUGUGAAUAGAACAUAAAAGUUAUUAGACAUUCUGAAAUGUCCUCACACUGGCCCCCAUUCUUGAAAGAUUCAGAUUACGUCAUACAAAGGUUAUUGUUUAACUAUUAUUGAAUUGAUUUCUUUUGCCCUGGAAAUAGCCAAAAUCCCCUGCAUCGAGGAACAGAAGAAACUGAAACCGGAAGACUCCCUUAUGCCCCAUUUACACCCAGAGAACCCCAUAUUUCACAGUUCAGCUGUGGGACAGAUUGUGUGGAAGACUUACCCUGCUGUGAGCAGGGGAGACAUCACACCUUUUACUUAACAAUGCUGACUGCACACUUAUCCCUUCGUCUCAGAUUUUUUCCCCCUUGGCUUGAAAUAUCAGAUGUUCCUUCCAGUUAGCAGUUCUCUGAGGCAAAGACCCAGGUAAAGACUUAUUCCUGCUUGAGUAAUCCAGGAUUAGUAUCUCCAUCUCCUCUGUUGCCAAAUAAAAACAGCAGCUGGCAGGCAUGUCUGUUGAGUGAAUAAGAUGUGUUUGUGUACACACCACCUUUAUUAUGCAUUACAGUCAGUGAUGGAUCUUAAAAAUUCAGUGAGAAAAAAUGUGGUGCAGAGAAAAAGAGUAAUAGUUCCAGGGUCCAAAAGGCUGGAAUUUCCUUAAAAAGCAAGUCAUAGGAAAUUGACAAAAUUCCACUGUCCUAAAGUCAACGACUAUUUUAUGACUGUUUGUUUAGAAAGGGUUUGGUUACAAUCUGCCAAGCUACACCAAAAGGAUACAGGACAGUCCUUCUAGAAGGAAACGGUCUCCAAGUUGGAUAGUAUCUUGUCAAAGGGGGAUGCGCUGCCGUUCGUUUAUUAAAGUAUAAUGACGUAUCCUAGGAAGGGGUGAAAGGAAUGUGCAAAUGUUUGCUCAAGAUGGUUCAGUCAGCAGUUUCUGAGUUGAACCGAAGAGACAAACAUACAUCUGGAAAAAAAAAAAAAAAAAAGCAAAGGUCCAUUUGCUUUUGGAAUGUGGACUACUACUGUGUGAACGUCCUUGUAAAUUCUGUACAUAGUUCACUGAACUGUCCCCUGUAGUGUGGUGGUCUUCAACUUUGGGGGGAUGUUUGAACAACCUGAGCACUGUAAAUAAUGUAAGCUUACGAAGCAUUUGCUUUUAUUCAUAAAGUGAAAUGAUUAGUGAUUUGGGCCCAAACCAGAAUCUCUCCAGCUCUUGCUCUUUCAUGCAUUCAGUCAUGUGACUCUGCUGUAAGCCAUAGCCAGGUGUCUGUGAUCACUGCCUCAUGCCUUUACCCACUCAAAGGGACAGCAGCUGCCUAGAAGGCUGCCAACCUGUGGGGCCAAAGAACAGAGCACCAGCAGAAACAGGAAAGGGAGCAAUCUGCUCCUUGAACAGUCAUGAAAAGUAGAUACUCUGUUUUCAGUCACUGUGGCUAUUCGUAUCAAGGACUGAAUUACUGAUGCUGCUUCAGGGGUCAGGGAUGGAAGGGAUGCUCAAAAUCCACAGGUAAUCCAAAGCUUUGUCUGCACCAAUAGCUUUAGCAUCUAACUUCUUUUCCACUACAUUUUCUAGAACUUCUAAUAAGACUAGAAAUGAAUAGAAUUGAUGGAUUUGAUCAGGGUGAAUAAUAAAUAUCCAAAGGAUAGGCAGGGGUACAGGGAGAAACAAUAAAGUCCUGGAUAGCACCAGGUGGCAGACACAUACCCGAAAGGUACAUAGGUAACUAUGUCCUUACUUCUAAAGGUAGAGAAAAAUUUUGGUACAAACUGAUCAAGAAGGCAAACACAGGUAUUUAACUUGGGGAAAGAGUAUGUGCAGUGUGAGCUGCUUGAAUUUGAAGAACCUGGUAAUUAAAAAGUUCCGGAUAUUCUUUUCUCCAAGUUUUCGGAGUUCUUUUCAAAAGUCUUCAAGAUGUGGGCUGUUAUGGCAUGGAAUGUGUUUCCAUGCAAACUGCCAAUCCCAGAGAGAGUGACAGCACCAAAAGACAUUCAAGCCAUUGAAGACCGAGAUUGGUUUCUCAGUGUUAAAGGGAAAGGUGCCCUCCUUGGAGGUAAAAUCCUUUGUGUCAUUUUACAUGGUAGCAGAGUAUACAUGGGGAACUAUUAUUUUGGGAUAUUUUAAUUCCAAGAUGUGACCCACAACUACCUGAACACACAAAACAUACCUUGUUGGAACUAAUCCAUUCUGCCAAUUUUCAGGUUAGAACACACCGUGAUUUUUACCUUAGCUUUUCUUCAGAUAACACAUCAGCUGGAAUGAUUGAAAGUGUAAUUGUUGGGAGCUACAGCAAGCAUUUGAUAGAAAUUCUUUAUAAUAAAUGAAUUACAAAACAGAAAAUAUUCAAUUCCUAGAAGGGUAGGAAUGAGGAUUCUGUGUUUUGACACCUCCCAUGGCAGGAAUUUCCCAUUAAAAUUGAAGCAGUCUAACAGAUUUUUCUUGUUUCUCUUUUACCUAAUCAGAAGUCUUUGGCAUAUUAAGGGACUUGCAUCAAGAGACUCAGAACCAUUUUUGAUUGGAUCCCAAACCUCUUGUGUAUCAUGGAUUUAUCACACACACACACACACACACACACACACACACACACACACACACACACACACACACACAUCCAAUGGGAAUUCAAAUUGGGAAAACUGAUACUCCUGAACCAGUUGAGAAGGAAUUCCACUCUCCAGAGCAACAAUCCCCAUAUAUUCUGUCCUGUGGACAAUCAAAACAAGUCAGUACACACCAGAGAGAUCAAAUAACCUGUUAUAUUUGCCUUAGGGAUACAGGGUCACAGAUACAUUCAUUAAAAUCGUCUCAUUCCAAAGCCAAAGGAUGAUCAAGAGCAAUAUUAUUACCUGGCUCUUGCCUUUUCCCGGGUUUCCCUUUGAGGAGAAACAGGAAAGAGGAGAUACUCCCAAAUAUAUUUUUAUAUGUUCAAAUAACUAAAAUAUUAUAUGUGUAUUUUGAAAUUUUGGAUUUUAUAAAAUAGAUGAACUUCUGUGUCUUAUUCUUUCCCAACUACAUACCCAAUAAAAUCAAUUCCUUUACUUAUUGCCCAUCUCAUUUCCAAAGCUCAUAUGCUAUCUUGCUUAUAUUUAGAUGGCAGCUUCAAUCUUUGAACUUACAUUGUAUUUCUUCAUUAAAUUCACAAACAAAAAAAAUAUAAUUCUUCCCAAUUUCUACUCAUAAUGCCUUUAAAAGGUCUUCAGAGGCGAAUCUUUUAAUUGUGGCUACCUCUGAAAACCCUUGAAUUAUUUUUGUUUGUUUUUUUAAGAGUACACAUGUUUACAAACAUCUUCUCUCUCCCAACUUUUUUUCAGAAUACAGUAGAAAUGAAAAUAAUGAGCUUAGACCUGUGGAUGAUUAUGUUAUCUAUACCGUACACCAUACAACAUGCACUAUAAUAUUGAAAGGCUAAACAGUGGUGGAGAGAGGGAGAGAUAAUGAUGGAAGACACCUUGGAAUCAGGGUGGAGGUAUGCCUCCACUCAGGUCUGUGAUUCUUGAUAUGCCAGCAGAUGACUUCGAGUUCUCUUCCAGAACCAAGUGUCAAAGGUUAGAGGAGCUCAUUUACGUGGGAGUUUAACAAAUGGUGCCAGUUCACCAUGGUCCCUGCUGAUGCAGCCCCACAAAUCUAAUCCUAGUCUUUCCUGCAUGCCUUUGAGAGUCAGCCACUUGGUGUCAAGCUAAUUGAGGACUACUCAUAGUUCUUCCAAACCUCAUCCAAUACGCAGUUACACAGGCAAGUAGCAAAAUUAUUUUACUGCUUUUAUGAUAUUCUGUGCUACAAUCUUCCAUUUUAGGAAAGUAUCUUUAAGGGACUCUCAGAUAACAUUCAUCCAUGUGAUCUACUCUUUGUUUUUAGAUCUUUAGAAGAUACAGAUGUUCUUAAACCAUAUCCUCUGUAAAUGGUCAAGAAAAAGCCAUAAAACUCUCUUUUGUGGAUGGAAAAGCCAAAUUCUAGCCAGCAACUGAGCCCAAACAUAUUCCAAUGACAUCUGCAGUUAUGAACUUCUUAUCUCUCUAUGUCCCUAGAAUGAAACGACCAAAUACUCUUGAGCUUUCAAGCCAGAUGCAGCUUCCAUUCUAGAUGAAAGAGAUUCUGGGUCCUUAGAACCCAUUACUCAUCUUUCUUUCUCCUUUCCCCUUGUGUCCUGCUAUACCACUUGACCACUCCAAUUAGUCUGAUGUUUGAGAUACAGCCAUGGCCAAAAACUGAAAGUUUAUUAGAUUGUGAUUAGUCUUGCGGUUAUUCACCAGCCAAUGUACCCUCCCCAUCCUAGUCUCUGAACAUGAUCACCAAAAUGAUUUCUGCAAGUAUCCUUCACUUUUACUGAGUGUUCAUGAUUCUCCUGGAGCCUUCAAACUGGUGAAAAUUCUUAGGAUAUUCUUUCCCCAUCCAAUUGCAAAGUGUCUGUGGGUCUGUUAUACAUGGCUUUAAUUGUGCUCAUGUGUUUUCUUCUAUAUCUUAUUUGUUGAAAUAUUUUAUCAUUUAUUAUAUUGAAUUUUUUAAAGAAAAUUGUUAGGAUAAUGCCUAGACAUACCAUUUUUCUGCUGUAUGUCAGGCUAUGAAUGGAACACCUUCUUUUUUUUACAAAAUUAGCUGAGUGGUCUGCUCCCUGCCUCAGGCAUCCUUCAAAGAUGAUUCUUCCAACUUCCCUAUGUGCUGGUACACUCCUGCUCCUCAUAAAGCAAUGAGGUGAUUGCUUUCUUUUCUGCUUUCCCGUGGUGUUUUUGACCUCUAGAUGGAGUCACAUCUAACAACAUCAUUUUUUUCCAGAGAAAGGAGGCAUUCCUAAUUGUUGAAGUCCUAACAGAGGUGAGGUUAGUAUUUUCUAACACAGGAGUAUCUGCUGAGAUCCAUUCAGGUGCAAGUGACAAAAGAUGACUCUCAAAGGAUUUUUGUACAAUCAAAACAUUGAUAGCUCAUAUAACAGUAGGAUUCGAAGAAGAGACUCAUGUAGAUUGCUUAUUUCAGGAAUAUAAGACCCAAGACACUUCUUGGGCUCUCUGAAUAUUAUCAGCACUCAGUUUAGCUGCAACAGGGUUGCACAAACUAUUCCUCAGAUAUUCAUACUGAGGGACAGAAACAGGGUAAGUCUUGCCUUGGGUUACUUUGUAAAGUCAAGGAACUCUUUCCUCAUCUCAGCCCCUGAAACCAUCCUUUUUGUCCUGUUGGCCAAAGGUUAAGUUAGACAUUGUUCUUGAACCAUUCACUGAAGAGUGUGGUUAUCAUGACUGGCUUAUAACAAAUACCCAGAGCUGUACCAUAUAAAAGUUAAUUAAUAACAAGUAUAGAAAAUCCUUUCCCACCAAAAUAUAACAGCACUUUGCUCUACAUCCCAGCCCUAUAAAGAUAUAACACCAGUAUGGGGACACAGAAGCCCAAAUAGCUUAAAUAACUUACCCAGAUCUGAUAGUUACUGGUUUAGUGGGUAUUCAUUCCCAAUUUUUCUGCCUCCAAAGGCAAAGUUUCUACCUCUCCCAUAUGAUCUAUAUUUAAUCUCUUUGACCUCAAUGAUACAGGCUUUUAGAGCAAUUCAAAGAUGUGUGAAACUUGGAAGAAGAGAGCUCUCACAUCCAA